UAUAUUUCCAUCUCUGUUCUGUCUUCUUCAUUCAGAGCUAAUUUUAGUUAUGACAUCUGAGUUGUGUCUGCCACUGGACAUUUGAUUUAGCCAAUGGCAUAAUGCCUAGCCUUGCUUCCCAGAAAACAUCAAACUCAAACAUCAGAAACCUGUGUCAAGAGCUUAUCCAAAAGCUUUUUUAGCCAGCUACCUAAAGAACAUAUUGAACUUUUGGGCCCAGAGUGCAAUUUUGUGGCUAUAUAUACAAAUGUGCAUAGAAAAUGGUGAAAUGUUUUUUUUUAUUUUUAGCGUCUUUAACUGUUACAAAGACUGGAAGAGAAAUUAAUCAGAACCCACUUCACUUUAAUUUCAUCCAGUAAAAAUAAAAGAAGCCUUGGUAGCUUAGGAAAUGCACUGAUGUUGACUAAACAGCAAUUGUUCCUUUGCUUUAACAUAGAAUUGAACUGGACCUGAAUUGAAACUACCUCGUAAUGUUUAGUUUUAUUCUUGGUAACCUUUGUUAACAGGCAGCAGCAUUUCAUAUUAACUUAAAAUACACAAAACCUGUUUUUGAGCCCAGAUGUUCCACAUUAUAUUCCAUGUACCUCCCUACUAGGAAAGAUGCUUCCAAACUGUGUGCACGUGUGUUUAUGGGUUAGGAUUAGAUUUCCCUGAAACAAUGGGGGGCUCAUCAGUUCAAUCCACCCCAGUCUCCCCUACAAUAUGCAAUAUAAUAUAUUAUAUUUAUCAUAUUUACAUAAUUGUUUGAUGCCAAUUUCUGUCUGUGCGUCAAAGAGCUGGUCCGCACGCUUGUUUAAGCCAAACAGCAUUUUUAACAGAAUUAAACUUGAAUUAAACUUUCUGCAACUUUAAUGACUCAGCAUUCUUUUUUUUUCUUUUUCUUUUUUACAACUUUAAUAAGGGGUUUGAUGAACUGUAGCGUUAUUUUUUAGGGUCUCCUGCCACCUCUGUAGGUCCAUUAAAAGCAGCCAAAAAACCUCAAAAUAAAUGAUCCGGGUUAUUGAUCAGGAGCAGAACAAAGUUCACCCACAGUUGACUCUGAGUGUCUGGCCAAUCUUAGCCUUAGAGGCGGGGGAUAGAAAAUGUGCAAGAUGAUACAUUACAUAGGCUAUGUGCUUCAGUUACUCUGAGGAGAAGCCGAAGUCAGCAGAGGUAGUGUAGCAGGGAGGACAGAUUUUUUGGAAAAGAUGGUUUCAAUUAAAUCGCCUUCUCUGGUGUCGGUGUCCCGCGAACAGGCUCUGCUCGGUGUGGGCUGCUUGACUGUCGUCCUGCUCGCUUUCCUGCUGGUUCGCCAGCUCGUCAAGCAGAGACGACCCCCGGGCUUUCCUCCUGGUCCAUCUCCCAUCCCUGUGAUAGGGAACAUUCUGUCUCUAGCCACCGAGCCGCACGUCUUCCUCAAGACACAGAGUGAAGUUCAUGGACAGAUUUUCAGUAUUGACCUGGGAGGCAUAUUGACCGUGGUAUUAAAUGGAUACGACUGUGUCAGGGAAUGCCUUUACCAUCAGAGCGAGGUGUUUGCUGACCGCCCGUCGCUGCCUUUAUUCAAGAAAAUGACCAAAAUGGGUGGACUUCUCAAUUGCAAAUAUGGCAGAGGCUGGAUUGAACACCGUAAACUGGCUUGCAACUCUUUCCGUUACUUCGGCAGUGGCCAGAGACUGUUCGAGAGGAAGAUCUCAGAAGAGUGCAUGUUCUUUGUCGAUGCCAUUGACGAACACAAGGGAAAGCCCUUCAAUCCCAAACACCUAGUGACUAACGCUGUGUCCAACAUCACCAACCUGAUCAUUUUUGGGCAGCGUUUUACUUACGACGACCGCAACUUCCAGCACAUGAUUGAGAUUUUCAGUGAGAAUGUGGAGCUAGCGGUGAGCGGCUGGGCCCUCCUCUACAAUGCCUUCCCUUGGAUUGAGUAUGUGCCCUUUGGAAAACACCAGAAGCUGUUCCGCAAUGCUGCUGAGGUGUAUGACUUCCUACUAGAGGUUAUAAAUGGUUUUUCACAGGGCAGGGUGCCACAUGUACCUCGCCACUAUGUCGAUGCCUAUUUGGAUGAGUUGGAGCAGAACACAGGAGACCCCAGUUCCUCUUUUUCCUAUGAGAACCUCAUCUAUUCAGUGGGUGAGCUCAUAAUUGCUGGCACAGAGACUACGACUAACACCCUGCGAUGGGCCAUGCUGUACAUGGCCCUCUACCCCAACAUACAAGAGAGGGUGCACAGGGAGAUCGACAGCGUGCUGGCCAAUGGGAGGGCGCCCACUUUGGAGGACAAACAGAAGAUGCCGUAUGUGGAGGCUGUCCUGCAUGAGGUCCUUCGCUUCUGUAACAUUGUCCCACUUGGUAUUUUCCGUGCUACCUCCCAGGAUGCAAACGUCAAUGGGUACACAAUUCCUAAAGGCACCAUGGUGAUCACGAAUCUCUACUCAGUGCACUUUGAUGAGAAGUACUGGAACGAUCCAGGAGUUUUCUCACCACAGAGGUUUCUGGACAGCAAUGGCAACUUUGUGAGGCGUGAGGCCUUCCUGCCAUUCUCUUUGGGGAGGCGUCAGUGUCUGGGCGAACAGCUGGCCAGGAUGGAGAUGUUCCUCUUUUUCACCACUUUGUUGCAGAGGUUUCAUCUUCAAUUCCCUCCAGGAACUGUUCCCACUGUCACUCCCAAACUGGGCAUGACCUUACAGCCCAAACCUUACUCCAUCUGUGCGGUCCGCAGGCAACAGAAAAGUCCCUCCUCAAACACUCCUUAUCACAAGUAGGCAAGCAAGUAUUUAUUACAGCUUGUUUGAGCCAGAAUUUAUAUAUUUUGCACAUGUGAUACACCACAUGAUACCGGUGCAUAAAACUGUAUUACUCUGGAUUCUAAUGUCCAGUUCUGGUGCAUUACAGUUUUUCCAACGGUCUUUCAGUGGUAAAAGAAGCUCUUUACAUAUGGAAAUGUGAUCCAGUUUAUUCAGUUAGUAUCCAGAUUUGUACUGAGCAAUAUGCAUGUUUGCACAAUCCUUUUCAGCUGCAAGGGAAACAAAAGACUCUGUGCUGAAAGGACAUCCUGGGAACACAAGUGUGCUAAUGAUUUAGCUCUCUGUAGGUCAGAGUUGCUCUGAACCCAGACAAUGAAAUGUCUAUGAACCUUGGUGCGGUAGCGAUGGGUUAGGUAUAUAUCACUGAUUCAUAGUAAGUACACCUAUGAUGGUUCAUAGCCCUGACUUCUCAGGACAGUGUCAGGUCACACAAAUGACACCACUGAAUUGUAUGUGUAGAGGGAAAAUUGGACUUUCCAAGAAAGUUCUGAACUGUGUAUUGGAGCUGGACAUGGGCCAAGAUCCACGUCAUCUGGAAUGACUCUGACCCCUUCUCCUGGGAAAGAGCUCCAUGAAACAUCCGUCUCUUGGAAAGCAAAUGCAACCCUGGUAGAUUUCUAGAAAAUGACUAUGCAACACUGGUUUCCGCUAAAUGGUGCUUAUCAGUACUGAGAAUGUACUACAUUUAUAUUUGAGGUUAACGUUUGUU